AUGACAGAUGCCGACAUUGACCUCCGAUUCGGAGCCCGAUGCAGCGGGGACGAGGCGCCACCGCAAAGGUGGCGUCGCCAACCAAUGGUCGCCUCGUCCUGCGAGGCCGCGGUCAAACGCCUCAAGCUGCUGGCGCCGACGGAUCCAAGCGUGCCAGCGUGGCGAAGCGCUCGUGGCCAGCCAUUAACGCCCGUGACCUCUACGCCCGCGCGCCCGCUCGUCUCCCCUCGCCCGCCGCAGUGGUCACCGGAGCACUGCCGGCAGUCGCCGACACCAUCGCGACCAGAUCCUGCCGCCUCGCCUCCCUGGCGCAGCCCAGCGAACCACCCCGUGCCGCCCGUCGCCAUGGCCUUGCCCCGAGCAGCCGCCGCCCCGGGGCUCGCCGCCGGCAGGCCUCCCCAUCACCGUCCAGCCUCGUCGUCGCCAGAUCCGGCAGACGCCGCCCCGAAUCCGCCUCCCCCGGACCUCCCCACCGCCCUGCUCGCGCCGGAGCGCCGCCUGCAGGUCGCGCCGUCUCCUCCAAAUGCGGCCACACCCCUGGCCGGGCGCCCGUAG